AUGAGACGCUUGCAGGGCCGCGUGACGCGGGACGACAUCCGUUCAGCUGGGCUGAGGCGAUGGGACGGCCGUGGAAGAGUUACCACCGACUGGAUCAAUAUUUUUCACGAGCCUGAGCUUUGCUGGCCCACGGGCGAUUGCCUCGUCUACCUGCGCGAACCGGGCCAGUCGAGUCGAGGCCCUGCCUUCCGCGUUCACACCGACUUCCUCAGAGUCAGGGGCUUUGAGUCACUUGUCGACCGCUGCAUAGUGCGAAACUCGAUUCACGCCACCGUGCAGUGUGCUUUGCCGAAUUGUGCAGGGUGCGAUCCCCACGAAGCAAUCCAGGAACUAUACAUUCCUGCGCCACAUGGGGUUUCUCUCGAGGACGUCUUCCAUCACCACAUCACCACACGUAACUUCUUUGCUUGGCUCUAUAAUCGACCACUGGCCGGUCGGACACUGGGGACCGCGCUGGCGUCCUUGAAGGCCAGACUGGAUGAGUAUCGACCCGACGACGGCUCCCAAAAUACCCUCGAGGUGUUAUCCUAUGCGGAGCAUCAGAGGUACUUGGACUUCAGAGAGUGUGUUGAUCAUGCUCUUGCGGCUCUUUAUCUUGCGGAGAAACUCCAGGUGGAGGAUCUCUGGGUUGAUGCCUUCGCACACUGUGUGGGCAUGAGUCAUCGUGGCCUUCGAUCAAGUAUUGAGUAUGCUGUCCUGGGUGCAAAGGCCAAAACACUCGUCAAUCGAGCGAGACUUGAGAUGGACGUUCGACUCAACAACGUGAACAAGUCGGUCGUUUCCUUCUUCGAGAAUGAGGUCUCGUGCAGCUUUCUCGGCCUCCCCCAACCAGCCCGAGAGCACCUUGACAAAUUCCGCACCUUCCUCAAAUCGGUUUACUCGGAACAGUACGGCUCCUGGCCUCCUGACAACUUCGAGGAGGAGGUCGUCCAACAGGAAAUCUACUCAACAUUAUUUUCCGAUUUUCUGAACCUAUAUCAGCACCUGGUUGACACCGAGUCGUCAGCAGAUAUGGUGGAAAAUGACAUCAGCAAGACCGGUGGUGUCUGUACGCUGCAGAACAUCCAGGCCUUUGACAAGGAACACUCCUAUACGCCUCUUGCCCAGCCCCUGCCCAAGUUACCGGAGCCCUUAGAACCUAGCUCUAUGCGGCCCAAACUUCAGCGAAGGUUGUCCUGGAACCCCAAACAGAGGCGUAAGGCUCUCAGGAAGACACAACGAGCACAUGACAAAAGUGCCCUGAUCGCUGCUUCUAACCGGGAUGUUCUGCUAAUGGAUUGCCCCUUGGUCAGAAAGUAUUCAGACUUCGAGGAGUUGGCAGUCGACGAUGAUCUGAGCUGCCUCUCUGCAAUUGAAGGUCGCAAGGUCAGGUGGAUCCUGAUCUAUGCAGUCCUUCAGACGUUCCACUCGAUCGCGCAACCGCCCAAAGAAGUCCGUAACAUCUCGAAUCUCACAUAUUCUCUGUGCUGUCGACCGCCAGCCCAAAAGCCGUGGCAAGAACAGCAACUGCCAGAAGUUCGUACUCUGGAUAAAAGGGACUCGCAACUGGUUCCUGACAACAGCUACUCUCACACCAACCUCUCCUCUCCUUCACUUGGUGAGAGCUUGACACGAGGCAGGUCAGCCAAGGCCCGUAGGCGGACGCUACCGGCGAACUUAUCAGCCUCCUUCCUAGCAUCCUUGCCCUCUAAGACGCCCCCAGGCUCGCGGUCAACUUCGCUCCGAAGACUGGUGUCUAGACGAAGUAAGCUGGGCGUGGAUGAGGUGGCGCCGAAACGGCCUUCGUUCUGCGAGAUCUUUGUAGAAGGAUAUGGGAACGGUUUAAAUGAGAUUGCUCGUGACGGUGCGAACAACACACCUGCAGAGCUUACUGCAGAGCCAGAAGCAAUGGAGAAUGCGAUCAAGGAAGACCCCAAAGAGCCGCAAGAGCUUCAGGGCGAUAUUGUCCACGAAAUGGACGCGAACGACACUAACAACCACCCCCCGCCUCCAUCAUCUGACGAUUCACCGACUUCACCACCCUCGAUGUCUCGAGAGUCCUCCAACAGCUCCAUCAGCGAGACCUCGUCCAGUACCAGGGAAGAAGGCGAUAUUGACCCCGUCACACCGGUGGGCAACGCUGUGUUGUCUCUAGUCGAGAUUCUGAAAUCCACCGGCUUGUCCCCAGCACCCAGCAGUCCCCGAGCGCACACAGCAGGUCCGGUGGCCAAGUCAAGGCCCGCAUCGUUGAUUGUGGAAAGCACACGCCCCGAAAUCAAUAUUGUCGACAUGGAUCGGUAUGACCCGGAAUUGGAAUCGCCAUAUGUCCAUUUCAACACCCAGACCUGGGACAUGAUAUUGGAGCCUAGGCCCAUGACGGCGCCAUCUCCUCGUCCCAUCGCUGCUUGA